CUGGCGUUCUGUUGUUGUCAUGGCGGCGUUUCAAACUAUUGACAGUCUUAGGAAUGUUGAAAGUUAAUCAUGUGGUACAUUUUAAUUUAAUUCUAGUCGCUUGCCUUGUAUUUUCCGGUUAUAUAAUGGGUAUUGAUAGAAGUGUAAAUGUUAAAACUUAUCUUAGACAUAGUAUAAAUGCGUAAAUGGAUAGCGUUCAUUUAAAGAUAAAUUGAACCUCAGCAAACUAGCAUUACGAGCUAACGCUAAUUCUUCUUAGCAAUAAACAGCGUAAUACAUUUGAGAAGUCAAGGUUAUUUUUGCAACAAUGACAGCGCAGUAUUUACAGAGUGGCCCUACGACGAAUCAGGAGAAGAACUGGGUUAUUGUAAGCUCAAACCGGCGAGAGAUGUCCACAGGGACAUCACAAACCAAGCUAUUGUUCAAUGAUGGCGUCCCUGCAAGUGCUAAGAACCGAGCCACCUUUGUCCACACACCAGGCGCCAUUGUGAUUGAGAAGCUUUUACCACUUUCAGAAGAACAGGACAUAGCUGGCAGUACCAGGAGCUCCAUAAACUUCACCACUCUGUCUGAGGAGAGGCUGCAGGCUGCAGUUAAACUGGCCAAACGAGAUGUGAGACGAAAGCACCUUGAAUUUCUGAGCAAAUCCCCCCCAAAACCUUCCCAAGCCUCUCUCCUUGAAACAAGUGAUGUGGAACUCCUGCAGGAGCUAGCAGCCACUCCCAAUAAAUCCAAGGAACAGGUCUCCAGUCCUAAAGAGAAAGUGGCACAACCUAGAGCCAAAUCAUUACAGCAUAGAUCACAGAAACAUCACUUUUCUCUCAGGCCCCGAGUUUACCUGUCUCCACCAACCAGAGACCCUGGCCCCAGGCAGCCUGAAGGCCAGCAGGCUCCUCUAAGCCAGGAGAUACGCAAGCUCCAAAAUGAGCUGGAGGUCUACAUCCAGAAAGUAGAGGAGCUGGCAAACAUAGGGGAGAAAACAGAAGAGGUCCUGGAGCCAGAAGAGCAAAGCAAGUUGGAAAUGCGUAGACAGAAGCAGGCAGCCCGCUCGGCGCGUAACAUUUAUGUACUCCAACAACAGGUAAAAGAGAUACAGGAAGAUAUAGAGAAGCUACGUGGGCAGAAAAUGUGGAACACUAAAAAGUCCACAGCAAUCAGCAGACUUGCAGCUGCCUAUCGGGGUGCACUUAGGGCCCUGCAAGUUGUUUCCCAGCAGCUUUCAGAUCUAUCUUAUUGUAACUCGCCACCUCAUCUUAAAGAACUUGGACAGUUGAUUCGCCAGCUAUCUUUAUGUUCAGCCAAAGUUGAGGUGGACCAAGGUUCUCAUAUACCUGAAUCUGCCCUUGACAUUCUACAGAAGCUAGAGGCUUUAGAUUCUGCCCUUAGUAAACAAGAGAUGCUUCGAAAGGUGCAAGUCCAAGCAUGUCCUCCACACAGGAGGGCUCCUCACAGUGGCAGAUCACCCACUACGGCACCCAGGGGUCCCACCACUGCAACUAUUCAAAAUGCUCGGAAACCUGCAAAUCCCAAAAGAGGCAUCCGUGGAAAGAAAAUGUCCUCACAGAAGCCCAGAGUUCCUUCUUACCAACGCAUGAAUAGAAGGGAGGUGCUGAGGGCUGGCAUUGAGAGGCUCGCCCAGCAGAGGGAGCUAAGAGAGAAACAUGAUGGAUUUCACACAAAUGACACCAGCAAAAAAGGAGGAGUCUUACACACUGAGAAAAACAAGGCUGGCAUUUUAAUGAGGCGCAAUCAGAUACAAAAUGCUAGGUUCCAUCAGCCUACAGUUUCAUCUCAGCUCAGAGUGAACCAGCUCCCUCAAAAAGAGCACUCUGUGCCCUGGAUACCUACAUCCCCUCACUCUCCUCCUCCACAGCGAUCCCCUCACCAGAGGACAAGACCAGAGCCUCGUUGUCUUUUUUCCCCUGUGAAGACCCCGCAGAGUCCUCAAAAACACAAGGUUAAUGAUGAGUUGAGAGCAGAGCCUGUGUUAAUCUCACAAAAGAAGAAACAAGCACAGGAUGAGGCAUUAAGAGAAGCCUGGUUGGAAAAGAUGACUAUGCAGAGACUGAAACAGCUCAAUCAACUGAGUAAAGAAGAGGCCGAACGCAUUCAGAGAUUGAGGACUGAAGUGCUCUCGCCAACUCAGUGGGCUGAGAGAGCUGAACAGAAGGCUAUGGAGAGAAUACAGCCCCUUCUGGAUGAAGCACAGCAGAUUGGUGAAUCCAGAAACAGGAUUAUCCCCUCACUAAAGAAUAGGCUGUCUGAGCAGGCUGCGCAGAGGGCUGCAGAGAGUGCUGAGCAGCUGAGUGAAGCCCUCCUGGAGGAUCUGUUGGAGGACAGUGUACGGGUAGCGUGGGCAGCUGAGACGGACAGACAGUUGGAGGACGCGGCCCAGUGUCGGCUUCAAGCGCCCACCCUGGAAAGUAUGCUCCUUCGCAUGGAGGAAAUACAGAGGGAUCAGGAGGAAGUGAGGAGGCGAUUUGCUUCUAUUUCAUAUUCAGACCCUCUUUACUGGCAUCAACCAGGAACGACAGGACCUCAGCGCUGUACUCCAGGCUCAAGGCCAACCUCUCCUCAGCCAAUUAGACUCACAAGGCCAGUCCUGAGGCCAGAUCCUGCUGCUGAUAUUGUCCUGGAGAAACCUGUGGAGAUUGGUGUCCUCUCUGAGAACAGCCUGACAGAGGAGGGGUCUCUGGAGGACCAGCAGUUCAGAAGCAGCACCGUGUUCCCAGUCCCAGCAGAGAGAAGUGGAGGUGCUAUUAUCUCUGUACCAAGCCACAUGCUGAGCAGCAUCAGGCGGAACAGACAGGACUAUGAGGCAUUCCUGCAUGCAGUGGAUCACAAUGCCGUCGGUGGCCUCAACCCUUGGUUCAUUGUGGACAGUCUGGCAGAGGAGUUGUUGUCAGAAGCUCUGGCAGACGUGGCUGCUGAGUUUCAGGACGUUGUGGAGGAAUACGCCGAGGCUGUCUUCACCUCAGAGUUCCUGCAGCCUGUCCAGUCACCCCCGCCUUCAGCGCAGGCUCUACCCAGCCGAUAGGACUUUAAAGCAUUACCACUGUGUUGACUGGGGACUACAAUAAUUUUCUAUUUUUCUAAGUUGCGUGAGCCUCGAAAGUAGAUAUUUGCUUUCAUGUGUGUAAUUAGUUAAUGUACAAACAUCUGACAAGGCUUUCAGGCUACACAUAAAUGUAAACGUGUGAUUUUAUUUUCAUGGGACCGUGUAUAUAUAGAUUUUUUUUUAAUGAAGCAGCCAGAGACGGGAUCACUGAAUUACGCAAGGAGCAUUAGUCACAUCAUUCUUUAUUGUCCACCUGUAUCUGUGAUUGAAUUCCUCUGGGAAAGUUAGUUUGGAUAAGCUUUGAGAGACCAUUACAACAUUACAGAGGAUUAUAAGAUUACUGCUCUCUCUUCAUACUUGCUUUAAAUCUCCCUGAGGAUUACUCACACUUUCUAUUUUCAGGUUGGAACAUAGAAAUAAAUUAAUUGCAUAUGGUCCUACAUACAAAGAAGAUGUAGGGCACUGAAGACAUCAUGUGUUUAAUCUAUUGUAAUUGAAUUUCCUAUUGGUUUAAUGUGUAAACAAAGCAUUUAAAGGCAACAAAAGGCAUUAUUUCCCCACUCGUUGGUUUUACACUUUACCAUUAAGAUAGAAAACUGAACAAGAAAGUACAAAUGUUUGACUGGUUGACAAGCACUUUGUGAUUUUUUUUUUUUUUUUUUGCGCUGCCUUAAAGCUCCUCUUUUUUCUGUUUUCAUUUAUCUCUGUAUAUAGACUAGCAUCACUGGUCCUGACCAAAAGAGUGCUGUUUCAUGUGUUGUGGUGAACUGUGCCUGUUCUGUAUGUUAAAUAAACUAGGUGGACUUGGGAGGCCA